AUGAAAACUAUUAUAAUUGUAUUACUGUCGAUUAAAGCAGCUUAUUUAAUUGAAAAAAAUUCAACUAAUCACAUCAACCUUAUAUCUAAUGGUGAUCAAUAUGAUCCUAAAGAGUUUCCAUACGUAGUGACUAUAAAAUUAUAUAUUGAGGUCGAGAAAAUUAGCUAUUUGACCUGCACAGGAUCAUUGGUCAGAAAAACUUUCGUAUUGACCGCUGCUCACUGUGUUUUCAAGAGAUCACUUAGUCUUAUAGAAGUAUAUGCUGGACCAGCUUAUGAUAAUUAUAAUUAUCACAGGGUAAAAAAAGGGUACAUGAACAAAGGCUAUAACCCAAACAACACUCAUAUAGUUUCAGACAUAGCUCUGUUAAAACUAAAAACACCAUUCCCACAAGUCAAGAAAUAUAUUGAAAUUGGUGGCCAUCCGGAUGAAUUUGCCAACGACAAAGCCGUAGACUGUACAUGUAUUGGUUUUGGUCGUAUAAAUGAAGAGGGCGAUAUGGGCGUAGAAGGAAGGAGAAUGGACACUAAAGUGAAACAUGGUGAAACAGCUUGUAAAGGAAAUCCUGAACGAGGUUGGAGAGAAUAUUUGUGUUCGGCUACUGGAACGCGGACUAUGACAUGUACGGGAGAUAGCGGAGGUCCAAUGAUUUGCAACGGCAAACUAUAUGGUAUAACCAGUUUUUAUAAGAACUUCACACAAGGGAAAAUGAGUUGUGGAGGUGAUAAUAUGCAGACUGUGCAUGUGUUCCUACACUAUCAUUUAAAAUGGAUAAAUAAUAUAUUAAACCGUAAAGAAGGUAGUGAAGAUGAUAAAAAGAAGAAAAAGAAGAAAAAGAAAAAAAAUUCCGGGAAUUCGGUUAAACCGCACCUAACAAUGUAUACAAUUUUAUCAAUUUUAUCAAUAUUAUUUUGUAAAGUGUAUUGA